GAUGACAGCAAUUAAGUUAUGAAUAAAACCAAUGUACAUGAGCUGUACUAUACUGACAACUGCUUCAAAAUCUUAACUAUUAAUUUUCAAUUCACACUAAAGCGUGCAUAAGGCGAAUAUAUACAUAACAGCAGCACACAUCUAUUGAGUGUUUCGUUUUGCUCCAGGUUGCAGUUCUGGUGGGUAUGUUCAAGCUGUUUCCUACUGAACACCUUUUUGAUGUUAAAUUGGUAAAUACUUUCACCUGUGAAGGUGGUGACUGUGCUAGAGCUGCACAGAUUCUGUUCUUAAAAUGUUAUUACUAUCAUUUAUCAACAACAGUAGAUAUUAAGUAAAAGGCAAGAAACUGAACCUGUGAAUACAGAGGACAGAGAAUAAUAAACAAAACAAAUGUCUAAAUAGCUGGUCUGUCCUUUCAUCAGAGGAAGCUGAACUGGAAGUGGUCUUCUGGCAUUAUCAUCAUCAUCACAGCCCAUUUCAGAACAAAGGAUGUCCAUGCAGUUUCCUUUGUCCUUACAUGAGGUCCUCAUUCUUUUGGCACCAGUCUUUUUGUUUUCAGUGUGGAUACCUUUGAAUGAAUCAAAGACAAAUACUUCAGUAGACAUGGUAAAUCACAGACAAUCACACACAUAUACCAGCUGUCAGAAAAGGUGCAUGAAUAUCUGCUUCAGUUGAGGACUGCUGUGUAUUAAUUUACAGUAUUAAAUGACAAACCCCUACGAGAUAAUGUUCUAGUAUACAUUGUAUAUUGUACUCAAUACAAUACGAUACCAGCGAGAGGAGGAGACAGAAAAUAAGUUAAUGAGAUAAACCUGAAUGUUUUGCUGCAUGUAGGAAAAUUCUAUCAGCAACUGAUUUUUUCUAAUAACAUUAGAGUGUAACAUGAGUGCAAAUGUUUGCAUGUUUUGGGACCAGGUACGAUUAGCAUAACAAACACGAAGUUAUCAGCUAGCUAGCUAGGUUAGCAAAGUGCAUCUGUAAUUCACAUUAACUUCUUUGGAUGUUAACUGUCUCCCGUUCUACGGUAAAAACAAGCUUUUAGUGUCAUGGGUUGCCAUGACAGACAUUUUAUGUGUGAGUUUUGUAUUAUGUUUGUACUUUUAGUUUGGUCGUUUCCUGUUUUAUUUUGUAGUAACAUUUCUCAUGUCUCUUGAUUUUUUGACUUCCUGACUUUUUCCUGUUUUCUUCCUUGUUGAUCGUCUACCCCGCCCUAUGUGUUUCACCUGUGUUCAAUCACCCUUGCCUCCCUUGUGUCUAUUUAGUCUCUGUGCCCUCCUUAGACUGGGUCAGUUCAUUUGUUCAUGUCCCCCGUGCUUCUGGUCCCUGUUGAAGUUCCCUGUGUUUCCUCGUGCUUCUGGUACCUGUUCCUGUCCCCUGUUACUUUCCAUUUUGGAUUUUUAGUAAGUAACUCACUUUUUGUUAUUAAAAGACCCUUUUCCACCAACUCCCUUUUUUCGUUGUCUGCAUUUGGGUCCAGCCUUACCUCAAACUGUUUAGGGAGCAUCAUACACAUUAAAAAAAAAAAAAAACUUAGAAUCAAAGGGCCACUGAUGCACCAUGGGCAUGUGGUGUACGCAGGCAAAAGAGGUGCAUUGUCCAUGCCAAGUUUAUGUGUUUCUUAUGGUUUAUUUGUCAAAAACAAGCAAGCAAACAAAGAACAAAGAGAUCCUCUUACCUGCAUGCCUCUCUUGCUCUGGUAAAAAAAAAAAAAAAUCAUAGGUCCACCCAGGUGCAUUCUGGUCCUAUACCUGCCAUCCUACCUAUAUAACCUCAGGUGCCCACAGUGUUACCCAAUUCAUAAGCAAAACAAACACUAGUUACGCAAAAAAAAAAAUUAAUAUGCUAAACAAGGAAAUAACUAAACUAAACAAACGACUAGCAAAAGAAAUCACUAUCAAAAAUCUAAUCUAAAUAAAGCAAACAUCUAGAGUAAUCAAACAAUACUAAUUAUUAAUAAAACAACUAAAUACUAACAACAAAUAAAUAGCUCCUACAGACUGAGUAUUUCAUGAGAGAAGUUGGUGUUUUUUGAAUGAAUGUGUAUUGGAGCCAGAGUUUUUUGGAGUGUGCCCUCAGCGGCCCUCGGUGCUAUUGCACAUUAAGACACUUCUGCAUUGGCUUCACUUUUCAGCCCCGGAGACUACAUCCAUUUUAAUAUACAGUCUAUGGUUGUAUCAGAGGGUUGGUUGCUCAGGUUGGAGGAUUGGACGGGACAUGUAGCAGCUGAACAACCAGUUAUUUUUCCAGAAAUAGAUCAAAGAGCUGCAAAGAGACUGAAUAUUAGAUUUAGAUUUGAACACCACUCCCUAAUUUUCAGGCAUGGACCAUUGUAACUUUAACUUCAGAAGUAUUGAAGAUACUGAGAGAAAGGGACAGAGAUAAACUUAAAGAAAUGAAAGAUAAACACCUUACUCAUGUUAUUCUUUAAAGUAAAAUCCAAACAGAUCAACAGAGAGAUACCACAGAUUUGUAAAUUAGCAUUAUACUGAGCUCCUUCUCUUUAGCCAUCCCAGCACAUGUUGGCUUAGUUAGCACCCUCCAGCUGUGGCAGUGGAAAAGCUUCAGCAGGAAUGUGGAGAUAGGCCUGGUAGCUUUCAGUCUUCUCCUGGAACUAUUUACUUUGCAGUCUGCUGCCUGUGACAUCACAACCCAGACUGUAUAAAUGAAUGGAGGCGGUCAGCUUUAAUAAAUACAUCCUCUCCAGAGGAGAAGAAGAAGGAGGUGAGAGUGAACAAACAAAGGAGCACGGGAGAUGGGGGUGAUGAAGAUGGAGAGAAGAGCCACCCAGCUGGUCUGUUCUGUGCUGCUGUGUAUCAUCACCCAGGUAAGACCUGCCACAGUAGAUCCCACCUGUGAAAUGACAGGGCAUAGUUAUUUUACAUAUUAACUCAUUAUCUGCAGAGCUAGUUUUCGUCAGUAGCAUCAGUGAUAUAACUACUGAAACAACUUUAUCACAAUGCCUGCUUUUUGUACAUACAUCAUGACAAUGGUUGGGUUGGGGGAGUCCCCUAUCUUCUUCAUAGUAACAAACAGUGGAGUGUGAUUAUGGAGGACUGACAUAAAGUUUUGGUCAAUAUAAUAUGAUAUAAUAUAAUAUAUAAAACCACCAUUAGGUAUUUGUUACUGUGUACAUAUAUGCACCAAGUGGGGAUAUGAGUUGGAAACCAUCAAAUUAGGUUUUCUGGGAGAUGUGUGGCCCAGUCAUAAUCAGCUAAUUACCAUGGAGAAGGAAAAAUAUAUUUUGGGGGAUGAACAAGGUUGUGAUAAGACUGUUAAGACUGUAUAUAAGUACAAUAUGUCUAUAUGUAUGUAUAUACUGUAUAUGUGUGUGUGUGUGUGUGUGUGUGUGUGUGUGUGUGUGUGUGUGUGUGAGACCACAUCAAGACUGAUGUAUGAAAUGUGUUACUUACUUGAGCCCACACUUAGAUAAGAACUAACCAACUAUCUAACUGUAAUCUUAUGUUACAGUAAUAUGAUGAUAUCAUAAUCAGUGAGUUUACGGUGGGAUUGUCCCAUGACACAUUCUGACCAGGCCAUGAUCCGACAUGUUGUAGUUUAACACUAGGGUUGUGUAGAGUGGAAAAUUCCAUCAUCAGUGGAAGUGACUGCCUCACACCAUGUUGUUCCUAUACAAACACUAUUACUGUGGCCUUAAAUGUGGUCAUGUGUUUGUAUUUGUAACAUGCUACAAACUUUUUCUUUCUUUCUUUCAGCUCUCAUUAGUGGCACAUGUAGUAGCCUUUGCGUGUAUGUAGGUGCGUGUGUGUUGAGCAGCAAAGGAAAACAGAUGACACGUCUGUGUAUUCAUGAUAACAGUAUGUGGUUACUGUGUGGUAACCGUGUGUCUGUUGUGUGACAGGUUCACCUGACGUGAACACACUUCCUCUUCCUGUGUUCCAUUUGAUUGUUUCUGAACAUACUGUACAAACAGCAGAGAGACAGGCUAACUGUUAAAAAUACUAUAACACCUGAAUAGAGACACAGGUAAUCUGGUGCAGAUUACUGCUCCCAUCCAGUUGGUGUGAGCCACUGAAGAAUGAUGUUUGAACAGCAUCAUGUCUUUGCAGAGAUUAUGUCCUAAUUACGCUAAACAUGGGAGCAGGUUUCACUGGAACUAUUUCUUCAGUAGAAAUUAGUUCCAAAGAAAUUGUGUGUUGAUAUCCUUCAUAUAUUCUUUAUUUAAUGUGACCAGGACCAAACCUAAGUUUAAUAGCAGAGGAGACAGUCAACAAUCUACUGCCUAACAGUGUAAACAGUGGCUGUUAUUUUCAUCCUCUCACUCUAGGUGUGGUGCCAGCUGUGUAUGGGGCCCUGUCACUGUCCACCAACCAUGCCACGCUGCCCCGCCGGCAUUCCUCUGAUGUUAGACAGCUGUGGCUGCUGCCAGCUGUGUGCCAGGCAGGAGGGUGAGGCCUGCACCGACCGGCUGCCCUGUGACACCCAGAGAGGGCUGCAGUGUGACUACAGCGCCAGCUUCCCCGGCGGACCAGGACAGUGUGUCGGUCGGAACGAGCUGGGCUGUGAGGUAAAUGGCAGGAGGCUGGAGGAGGGACAGGUAUUUCAGCCUUCCUGCGCCCAGCUCUGCCACUGCCUGGGAGGGGGCGUGACCUGCGUACCACUGUGCAGCGAUGAUCUGCAGGGACCUGCUGAUAAAUGCCCCAACCGUCAGCUGGUGAGACUGCCAGGGCGCUGCUGCAAAGAGUGGGUGUGUGACGGCACAGACAACAGCAUUUCCUCAAAUCCAUCAGCAGCAGAGCAGGCGCAUCAGGACCACGGGGGUGGGCUGUCUGGCCUGCCGUUAGGCUCCAUCUCCAACUGCAUCGAGUGGACCUCAGACUGGAGCCCCUGUUCCCACAGCUGCGGCCCAGGUGUCUCCACCCGCACAACCAACAGGAACCGGGCCUGUCUCCUGCGGACUGAGACCAGACUGUGCCAGGUCAGGCCAUGCCAGACUCUGCUUGGGCUCCAAAGGCUGCAACUGGGGCUGAAGGUGUGUGAGAGCAGCUACAGUUCACCUCUUUCCACUCAGCUUGAACACCAGGGCUGCUGGAGCACCAGAGCCUACCGCCCCAGGUUCUGUGCCUUGACCUGUCCGGAGGCAGUCUGCUGCAGCCCCUCCCACACCAGGACAGUGCAGAUGGUCUUCCGCUGCCCCCAGGGUAAGCUCAUCCAGCAGCAGGUGAUGAUGAUCGCGUCCUGCUUCUGCAGUAUCGCCACCUGCCGCCAAUCCCCAGUCACAUCCAGCCGGACAGUCCUGCCCUGGCUGUGAGGUCCAGCUCCAGGACUGAGGGGCAGGUCCCAUCUGCUGGGAACCAGAGGACAAAGAUGAUCAGACGGACACACACUGACUAAUUAUGUGGCAGAGUAGGAAGUUGAGCCAAUGUUUCAAAAUUAUGGAAAUUCUACAAUCAGGAUGUGAAAGUUGACAACAGAUGUGAAGACUUGAGAAAGUGUAUCCAGACAUGCAAUUACACAGUUGUGUAAAUGUGUUUGAAAGACCACACCAAGGUUUAUGUAGUAAUCUGUAUCUAAAUUUAAAAUAAGCUACAUGUAACUUUUUAUCCCAUAUUAUACCAUCUCUGUGUUCCUGCACUUCUCGUUUGGCUCCAGAGCUUAGAAAGCAACAGAAAACUACCCAACUCUCAUGUUUCAAAUCACUUUAAACUGAAUUUGUAUAAA